AUGACGGCCGACAGCAGCGACUACGUCCUGGAGGACAUCAAGGCCACGCGCAUCGCAGCCGACGGCAUUGACGCGACCUUUCGGUCCAACAGCAUUGAUCUGGUCUCGGCCGGGCUCGAGGGCCGCGUGCUGGCCUUUUCGGAUCAGUGGUUUGCCGAGGCGGCCAACCUGCUGAACCCCAAGGCGCCGGUAGCCGGCAACGGCCGGAUGGUGUAUGCGGGCGCAUGGUACGACGGCUGGGAGACGCGGCGCCACAACACGGCGCCGUUUGACUGGGUGAUCAUCCGGCUGGGCGUGGCCUCGGGCACGGUGAUCGGGGCCGAGAUCGACACGGCUUUUUUCAGCGGCAACGAGGCGCCGGCCAUCUCGGUCGAGGGCUGCUUCCGCGAGGGCGGUGCAGAUGCCGAUGCUGAAGUCGUCGGCUGGGGUGGCAGCCGUGGUGGCUGGGAGACCAUUCUCGGCCGGCAGCCGUGUGGCCCCAAGCAGCGCCAGGCCUGGCAGCUCGACGUGCCGCAGCUCGACCGCGCCUACACGCACGUGCGCCUCAACAUGUAUCCCGACGGUGGGAUCGCGCGGUUCCGGCUCUUUGGCCACGCCCGGCCGGUCUUCCCGGCCGAUCCGGCGGCCGUGUUCGACCUCGCGGCCGCUCAGAAUGGUGCCGUCGCCGUCGCCUGCAACAACCAGCACUUUGGCACCAAGGACAACCUGCUGCUGCCCGGCCGUGGUGCCGACAUGGCCGACGGCUGGGAGACGGCCCGCUCUCGACAGCCCGGCCACGUCGACUGGGCCGUCAUCCGCCUCGGCGCUCCUGGCCUCGUCCACCGCUUCGUCGUCGACACCGCCUUCUUCCGUGGCAACUUCCCCCAAAAGGUCCGUGUCGAGGCUCUACGCUGGACUCCCGGCCCCAACGAUCCCAGAGAACCUGCCCAUGACGACCCGGCCUGGUUCAUCGCCGUGCCCGAUGCCAAGUGCGGGCCCGACCAGGAGCACGACUUCGCCUCCCAGCUGCCGGCCAGCCAGGUCGUCACCCAUGUCAAGCUCGUCUUGAUCCCGGAUGGCGGUGUCAAGCGGCUGCGCGUCUUCGGCACGAGGGCCAUCUGA